AUGAGAAGAACUCUGUUGUGGUACGAGAACGGCCAGGUGCUGGAUGAUGUCUCAGUGGAAGAGUUGUUGGGAGGCUACAAGUUGUCAUCGCUGCACAUCAAUAACCUCAGCCCAACUGACCACCUCCGCAGGUUCACGUGUUCCGUCGGAUCUCCGGACGACCCAAGUGUCUCGAGCUCCGUCGUUUUGCAUGUUAUCGACGAGCUCAAGGCGCCGCUCAUCGAGGAGGUCCAAGACACUGCCACGUGUGAUGCCCAGGACCUGGAGGAGCACCUGCAGCUUUGCUGGUACCGCGGCACCGAGAGGCUCUUGUGUCAGGAUAAUCAAACUGAGUUGAUCAGGAGACCACAAACCCGGACGGCGUCUUUACCGCUGGAAAUUACUGAUGAAUUUUGCGAAGUUGAGCUGACUUGCAGAAUCCAGUUGAAGAAAAAUGAAAACGUUCUGAAUGAGUCUGUUGCUUCCGAGCUGGAAGAAACGUUCUCCCGUGCUGAAUCGUCUCUGUUUGCUGCUUGUCGUCAAAAGCCUUUUAAAGUCCCAAGAGCUUUAGCUGGAGCUAUCGAUGAAGUCUUAUCCAAACCAAUCGUCGAAUCUUUGAACAUCAUCACCGAAGACGUCUUGGACGCUCAGGCUGCGGAGCUCGAUGAAAGUUCUUCGUUGAUCAGUACUUGUUGCGAAGAGACUCAAGUUCUUGAAGAAGAGACCCAAGUUCUUACUAAAUCUUCAGAUGAUGAUGCUGCAGUAACUCCAUUGGACACCACUUCGAAAAUUUCUCUUUAA